AUGUGGGGUUCUGGCGACUCAAAGAGUUCAGCAAUCGUCUACAAUUGCAAGUCCGAUACAGCGUCGCCGGGCAAACAAGACGACAUAGCACUGUCUGUGACACACUUUAGUGAACAACGAAUGACGUACGCUAUGAUGUAUGGAUGUACACCGGGAACCAUUAGUCGCGUUUCUUCGUGGCUCAAAAUGUUCAAGGGGCAGGCUCUUCAUCCAUUGGUCAUGCCAUUGAUAUUUGUGGAGCUCGAACGCAAACGUCUCUUCAACUUCCUUGAACGUGAGCAAUCAGCCCUUGAGAAGUGGAUUCUUGACCUAGAACACAAACUUCGUCUUGAGUCGCAAGUCCCGAGGCUGGGGACAAACGACGUGGAGCUUGCAUCUCAAAGCAGAGACAGUCAGUCGACAAAGCUAUGGAUUGAUGUCAGCUCACUCAGAAAUGGAUUGGAAAGCCUGCGCGAUCAGCUAGUGAAGAUGAUACAGCACUCUGAGGUCUUAGCGACAACAGUCUUCAAGCAGCCCAAUGAAGGCAGUGAUGACAUUGACAGCCAUUCAGAGGAGCGCACCACUGGCGAAAGGAUCAAGACAAGGUUGUCGGAGAUGCUCGCGGAGUUUGACAACAAGGUGAGGACUUGCGACAGUCUGCUCGGGGGAAUGGCGUUGGCCGCACAAAUGGAAUCGAAUUAUUAUACUAGGCGAGACGCACAAGUUGCAAUUACGAUUGCUCACGCCACGAAGAAAGACGGCAGCCAGAUGAAGAGUAUUUCUCACCUGGGGAUGAUUUUCCUGCCAGGCACUUUUCUUGCCAGUCUAUUCUCAAUGUCUUUCUUCAAUUGGACUCCCCUUGACAGCGCCCAAAUUAUUUCACCCUGGGUAGCCCUUUAUUUUGUGUUGACGCUUAUCGUCACCGCGCUUACCGUCUGGAGAAUGAGGAAAUGGAUGGAAAGGGAGGAACAAAGGGCGAUUAAACAGUUCUUGAAGGACAUUGGCGAUGCCGAGUCGCAGCCUCCAGGAAAAUCCUGA